AUGUCCCGCAAUAAUUUAAGAAACUAUUUACAACAAAAUAAUAAACAACUUACAUGGAAAGAAAGAAUUCAUAUUGCUGAAAAUAUAGUUGAAUGUAUUUAUUAUCUUCAUCAAGAGGAUGCUAUUCAUAGAGAUUUACAUUCAGGAAAUAUAUUAUAUGAAAAGUAUUACAAUGAUUGGUAUAUUGGUGAUCUCGGAUUUUGUGGGCCUAUUGAUAAACCUUUAAAAAGCGUAUAUGGAAAUCUUCCUUACAUAGCACCAGAAGUUAUGUUUGGAAAAGAAAGUAGUAAAGCAUCAGAUAUUUACAGUAUAGGAAUGCUUAUGUGGGAGAUUUCAUCUGGACAACCACCCUUUGCUUAUUAUGAUCAUAAUUAUGAUCUUGUAAUGAAUAUAGUGAAUGGAAUGAGACCAAAUAUAAUUUCAGACACACCAUUAGAAUAUAAGGAAUUAAUGAUACAAUGUUAUUUGUUUCCGUUACUACUAAUAUUUGAAGAGUAUGGUGAAUUACAAUAUUUAUUGUGGACGAGAGUGAUUCUUGUAUUUGUUGAUAUCAAGAAUAUUGAAUGA